ACGAUUGAGGAUUGACGUAUAGGAAUCAUCGGUUCUUUAACAAGGGUAUAUAAUAGUGAUUUUGUAUAUAAGUAAACCAACAGUGAGCUCAGAAACAUGGGUCUCACAAUUUCUAGUGUUUUUACUCGACUAUUUGGAAAAAAACAAAUGCGUAUCCUAAUGGUUGGUCUUGAUGCCGCUGGCAAAACAACAAUACUAUAUAAGCUAAAACUUGGUGAAAUCGUAACCACCAUACCGACUAUUGGUUUCAAUGUAGAGACGGUUGAAUAUAAAAACAUUAGCUUUACUGUUUGGGAUGUCGGCGGCCAAGACAAGAUCAGGCCAUUAUGGCGCCACUACUACCAAAACACACAAGGACUGAUAUUUGUUGUUGAUUCAAGUGAUACCAAAAGGAUAGCAGAAGCCGAAAAUGAACUUGCUAAUAUGCUUAAAGAAGAUGAACUUAGAGAUGCUGUGAUAUUAGUAUUUGCAAACAAGCAAGACAUGCCUAAUGCAAUGAAUGCAGCAGAACUUACAAAUGCCCUCAACUUGAAUAACUUGAGAAACCGUCGUUGGUAUAUACAAGCUACGUGUGCCACACAGGGGCAGGGACUCUAUGAAGGUCUGGACUGGCUUUCAAAUGAAUUGGCAAACAAGUGAGCUGGUUAACAACAUGGGGAUUACCAUCAGUCCUAUAAAAAUAAAUUUUCAGAGUCAACAGGAGUUUCCUCUAAUACCUCUUAAUUGGAAAUAUUAUUUAAGUUUAUUUAAAAAAUUUACUAAGUAACAUAAUAUCACUCUUUUGAUUGAUGUUUCAAAUCAAUAAAUAUUUAUUAUUAUGAACGGACAUACAAAACUGAUCGUCCUAUGUGGCUACACACAUGAGAAACCACUAUUUUCAAUUAUUUCAGUUCUGAAAUUGAUUGUAGCUAAGUUAUUCUGGCUCAAGGAAACAUAAGUUUUUUCUUUUUGUACUUUACUUUCAUGUGUUAAAUCUGAGCCACAUCCAAAUAAUAUAUAUAUAUUGUAUUAUAUAAUUUUGCAUUCCAUUUAUGAUUCGAUUAAUAAAAUUGCCUUUAUAAAAAAAUAUUUUUACACGUGAAGCAAAUAAUAACAGGCAUUUACCGCAAAAAAUCUAAAUUGUAAACUGAUGCCCUUCAAACACACCAAUCUUUUUUAAUUUUCUUAAUAUGGUAAAUCUAUCGUCAUGUCUGAUUAAGUGUAAAAAAUAUUAAAAAAAAAAAUGAAACCUACAAGACAUAAAGCACAAAGAUUUUUGAAUCUUGAUAGGUAACAUUCGAAUAACUAUUAAAAUUAACUAACAAUGUUUGUACCCCAAAGUUAUUAAGUGCCGAUAUCUGCGUGCUUUCUACAUGGUAUGUUUUUUAUUUGAACUCGCACCUUCAAUAUAAUAAUUUAGUUUUUGAUUUGCACAUACAGUAAGUUCGAUAUAAUUUAAAUAUAAUUAUUCAUAGAUAAAAAAAAAAUAAACGUAAACGACUUUUAUACCAAGAACAGGAAUAAUAACAUUGAAUAUUCAUAUUUAUUGAUGUUGUAUCCAUGAAUAACUAUUUUAUUGUCGUUGCAAAAUAAAUGUAAAAAUGUAUGGCCAAAAAUGUUAUGUGAAAAUGCUUUAUGUCCUACAUUUUGCUUUGAAUAUAAUAUUAUUGUAAUGGCGAAUAAAUAUAGGUGUACAUAAAA